AUGAUCCCCUCAUCAGUAUCCCUGCUCUCCUUCUCCAUCGGACUUGCCGCACAGGCAGUCGCCUCUCCGCUCUCUACUAAUUCCAACAAUGUCAACGCCAAUUUCGCCCGCACGUCCUCGCUGCCGCUCGCACCGUUGCUCGGUGCCUCCCAUGACGCACCCCACGGGACCGUCAACAACUCGUACAUCGUCUUCAUGAAGCCCGAGCUUCACAGCUCGGCGCUCUCCAACCACUUCAACUUCCUCGAGGCGGCGCACCAGGAGGACCCACUCGAGUCCGCUGAGGGCGAGAGCGGCGUCAAGCACGUCUAUGACGGGCACAUUAGGGGCUAUGCGGGGUGGUUCACGGAGAACACACUCAAUAAGAUCAGGUCGAUGCCUGAGGUCGACUUUGUCGAGAGGGAUCAGAUUGUGAAGACGCAAGAGGUUCAGGCGAAAGAGGUUCAGAGGUCGGCGCCAUGGGGUCUCGCACGUAUUAGCCACCGCCCCAGGCUCUCCUUCGGUACCUUCACUCGUUACGAGUACUCUCCCGAUGGUGGUGAGGGUGUCGACGUCUAUGUCAUCGACACUGGUAUCAACAUCCACCAUGCCGAGUUCGAGGGCCGUGCCUUCUGGGGCAAGACCAUUCCUCAGAACGAUGUUGACGAGGACAACAACGGUCACGGUACUCACUGUGCCGGCACCAUCGCUUCCAGGAAGUACGGUGUUGCUAAGGCCGCCAACGUCAUCGCCGUCAAGGUCCUCGGUUCGAAUGGCUCCGGCACUAUGUCGGACGUCGUCUCUGGUGUCGUCUUCGCCGCUGAUUCCGCUGUGAAGAAGGCCGCCGCUGCUCUCGCUGAGCUCAAGGCCACCGGCUCGACAAAGCACAAGGGCUCUGUCGCCAACAUGUCGCUUGGCGGUGGCAAGUCCAGGGCUCUCGACCAGGCUGUCAACGGCGCCGUCGACGCUGGGCUUCACUUCGCUGUCGCUGCCGGCAAUGACAACAGGGACGCGUGCAACUACUCCCCCGCUGCUGCCGAGAAGGCCGUCACCGUCGGCGCUUCUACUCUCGGUGACGAGCGUGCCUACUUCUCCAACUACGGCAAGUGCGUGGAUAUCUUUGCCCCCGGCUUGAACAUCCUCUCCACCUGGAUCGGCUCAGACCACGCCAUCAACACCAUCUCUGGCACGUCGAUGGCUUCGCCCCACACCGCCGGUCUCCUUGCCUACCUCCUCUCCAUCUAUCCCUCCGCCACCUUCGACCCAUCGCUCUCUUCCCUUGUUCCCCCGCCGCUCAACACUGUCCGCCCUGGAUCGCCCAUCGCUCGUGCGUACCAGAUGGCGUACAGCGUUCUUCCUAGCUGGGUAUCGAGCUUCCUUCCCCCCAUGCCCCUCCUCGAUAUCAUCGGCGGUGGAUCGGAUGUCCCCGCGUUUGGUGAGAACAAGUCGUUGAGCCCUGCUCAGCUCAAGGCCGCCCUCGUUGCACUCUCGACCAAGGACAUCCUCACGGAGAUCCCCAGCGACACCGUUAACCUUUUGGCGUUCAACAACGCCACUGCUGCUUAAGGGUGGAUGUACGGUCUUUGGCGCAGGGAGCGGUGAUGGUUGGAUUGAUGGAUGGAGACUUAAUGCUAUCGUUGAUGAUGAUCAUGAUAGAGGGUCAGCUUAGUUUGUUAUGCGUUUUUGUCGGUCGGGGUAUUACCCCAACCUUGUAAUUUAGUGUUCACAGUCCGCUACUGUUCAGUUGUGUGUUCUCUCGCAUCAAUAUCGUUCACGCCCACCGUCACGAUUCCAGUCUUGCAAAUAUUCGUCUGCUGUCGUCUUUUACAUGCAAUUUACGUUCGUCG